CCAGCCCGUUUGUUUCUUCAGGGUGGAAUGCAGCUGUUAGUGCAGCUGUUUAACUGUUUGCAUAACUUGAAAGGACACUGCCAAGUGGCAAAUAUUUUUCAUAACAACGCUUUAACUUUUGCUGAGGGAAACAAGAACGAAUUCUGCAGAGCUCCGGCAGUGUGUCGAAUGGAACAGAUUGAUUACUCAGGAACAGGAAAGCACUCAUUCCAAGUGCAAACCAUGGAUAAGAUCUAUCAGCUUGCAUCCACAGAAAGGGUCCAGUUGCUGGAAAAAGAACUGGCUGUGCAGCUGGCUGAGCUGAAAUCCGAGAUAGAAGGACAAGGGUCUCUCCUGGGAGCAGCUGGAAGAUACAGCUCUGUUCGAAUACCAAAGGACAUUGCUUACUUCAGAAGAGAAAGGGAACUGACCCUAAAGAAGACCUUACAGGUGGCUGAGUCAAAGCCCCUUGUUGUUCAGGCAGAUGUCCUACAGAGGGAGCUAGAGAGCUGCCUAAGAAGAGAGUACAGCCCUGAAAAUCUACCUUUGCUUCUGCUGCAGCACUAUACAGAGAGAACUGCCCAGCUGGCCCAGAGUAAAUAUUUACACAUGCUUAGAUGGAAGAGGUUUUGCCAGAACAGUAAGAUCAUGGAACAACUUUAUCCUCUUUACAAGAAGCAAAUCGCCUACGUCCUGCAGGAGUAUGACGACGCCCUUCAGAGAGCCGAAAGGUUGUCUACGGCUCGGGAGAACUUCCUUGUGGGAAAAAGCAACCCUCCAAACUUAGUGACGCAGCAAGAUCUGACUAUUUACACAAAAUGGCUCGUGUGUCACCUGCACUCACUCAAGAUGAUUCACCACUACCUGCAGGCCCUCCAGUACUUACCCAUCUCCAAAGUCCUGAGUGCAGCUGUCAACGAAGCCCUUGAGGCCGGUCAGGAAAAUGAGAAGGUCUGUGUCGGUGGCAUCUCUGACGUCCAGGGCUCUGCAUCUCGAAUAUCUAAGGAAACCAGCAGUUCAGGCCCCAUGAGAACAGAAGUCACCUUCGUUUUGCCCCAGCAUACAACAGAGACAAAGGAUCUGAUGCCUCAGCUGCAAGUCCUGCUCGCCCAUUUCAAUAUCCCUUCUGAGGCGGCAGAGCCGGGGGAUGCCGCUAGGGAAAUGGAACUUCUCUCCUUGGUCUCCCAAAAAUUUCAGAGCAUCUUCCUGGAGCAACAGAGAAUGCAGACAUUUCCAGACUAUGAUGCUGGGAUAAGCAAAGCAGAGAGUGUGGGUUUGGCAGGACCUACUAUGGCCUUUAAGAAGAGAGCCAACUGGAUUUCCAUUAUACAGAUAAAGCCCAAAUGUGACCCAUGGCAAAAGAAGCUUUUGACAAAACUGAAAGAACAGAGAAGAGUGGAUGCUCUCAUGCAACUUCAAGCCAAGUUUCUGAAGAUUUCCAGCCCUGAGAGAGUAAUGGAAGUGCUCCAAGACCACGCUGCCAGGACAGUCACCCUGAACCCCUCUCAUCCACAUUGUGCCCAGGAUUUGCAUCAGUGCAGCUACGACCAAAUCUGGGAGAAUAUUUACAGCAACAUCAGCCUCUACCAGAAUGUGAAUAUGAAGGAGGAUGGGCAUCCAGUGGAACAAAACGAAAAUGACCCAGCACAGUACAGCUAUUCAAGGACCUCACAACUGCUGGGCUUGGAUGAUGGGACUGAGCCCAGUGACAGGGAUCCAGUCCUCAUGAAAGGGACUUACUUGUCCUUUCUGUAUCUGCGUCACCUUCGAAUCAGGGAGCUGCAACGCAUCUGCUUAGGGAUUCUGAACUAUUUCAGAUCCAUUGAACGAACACUAACGAUCAAUACUGCGGGUCUCACCUUGGUAGCCGGGAACCUGGUCCCCACCAUUGAAGAGAGUUCCUGGGUGAACAUGACGAGAGGUGGCAUGGGCACCUUGCAAGGCCUAGGAGCUCACCAUUAUGUCCAUGGGACACCUGUGGAGCACAAG